AUGAAAAAAGCAUUGAAUACUAUUGAUAAAAUGGAUAUAUUUGGAGUUCCUAUUCAUUUACUUACUAAUGAAAAGGCUUAUUAAUUUCAAAGUAAAGUCGGAGGAAUCAUUACUUUGAUUGUAGGUAGCGUUAGUUUUGCAUAUUUUUUAUAUGUAAUUGUAUAAUGGAUAAAUAAUUAAAUACCACCUAAUAUAAGUUUUCAAUAAGAAACAAUUGGAUAUGCUCAAUUCGAAUUAUAAUAAUCAAUGAUAGAAUUGAUUUUAUUAGAUUUCACAAGUGAUGUAGAUCCUUUCAGAAAAUAAAAUAAUAUUAUCACACCACAUUUAUAUAUAAUUACCAAUACAACAAUUGAUAAUGAACCUAUUCCUUUAUUUAGUAAUGAAGACAAACCAUUUACAAUAUCCAUAGACAAUCUUACUUUAGUUUUAAAUCAUGAACUUUAUCCAACAUUUGAUCAUUAAGAAAUGAAACAAUAUUUACUUGUUCUUGAAAAGUGUUCUAAUAAUACUUUAAAAGAUGGCAGCUACUGUGCUGAUUAGAAUGUUAUUAAUGAUUAUUUAUCAUAAUAUCAUGGAUUUCUGUUUUUAAAUAUUAAAUUAAAAUAACUAAAUCGAAUGACAAGAUAAUUAGAAGAAUUUAAUAAAUAAUAUUACACAGUUUUUGAUAUUAAUAUACCUACUUACUCAUAAGUUAUGUUGAAAUAGUAAGAAACUAUUAUAGAUGAUGGAAUAUUGUUUAAUAAUUACCAAAGUUUUUAAUUCAUAAAUAAUUAUGAACUUAUAAACUAGUAGGUUGAUCCUUACUUUGCCUCUAAAGUUGUAUCAUCAAUGUCAUUAAGUCCUAAAAAUUUUACAAAUUUAGGAUGCUACUUAUUCAGAUUAGAUAAUAUUUCUAUUAAAGAACAUGUAACAAUACCAAAACUAGGUCAAGUCCUUGCUUAAGUUGGUUCUAUUGUCUAAUUAAUAUUUAUAUUAAAACACAUAGCUUUGUUUUAUAAUAAGAAAUUACUUGAAAAUUAAUUGCUUCAUCAAAUUAUAAUUAUGUAUUAUCCUGAAUUAAAGAAUGUAAAGCUUAAUAUCUUAAAUUAAUGUGAAAUCAAAACAAGUUCAGACUUAAACAUAAAGUAUUCAAUUUAAGAUUUUAAAUUAAAAUAUUAAUUAUUAUUGUAAAGAGCUUAAGAAAAAUGUAGACUUAAUAAUAUUUUGUAUGAAAUAUCACGAAUUUAAUUUAUAAUUUAGCAGCAAUUUGGUGAUUAAGCUUUAAUAUAGAGUCAUUAAUUAGGAGGAAAACUAUUAAACAAUAAUCUUUAUUUUGAGAAUUGUAAAGAAUCAAAUAGAUUAACGGUAAAACCAGUUAAUUCGAUAGAUUUAGAGAAUGAACAAAUUAUAUAAGAUCCCCUUGAAUUAUUAUUAUCAAAUUAGUCUUGA